CCUGUUCUCCAAGCGUCUAAUUAAUAUGUCCAUAUGUUUUCAUUGCACUCUGGAGAAAAUAAGUCUGGUUUGGUGUUAAGAUUAUACACUUGUUUGAGAAGGAAAAUCGUCCAAGUUUAUCCAGGGCUCUCACCCUGAGUACAGCCAGCGUCUUAUUUUCCUAACUGUACUUGUUGCACUUCCGUCAGCUUUACUUCCUCUUCACGUUGGACCCUUACAUGGCAGGUGUCUCCAGAUGAGAUGGCAGUGUAAAAUCUGUGGAUUCAGAGCUACAUCAAGGGGUGAUCUUCUGACCCAUUACAGACUACAGCACAGGACAUUUGAAACAGGAAAUUCGGCCACAGGACAUGGAUCCAGCAGUGCUCCGGGUGAUCUUUGGACACAGAAUUGAGAAACUGACGCUGCUGUCUGGAAUUCCGGAUACUAUUGAGGAGCUGAAUUUCGCCAUCAAACACCAAUUAAACAUCACCUGUGUCUUCAGCCUGCAAUAUUUAGAUCCAGAUUUUGAUGACUUUUUUAGUCUCCACUCCACCACUCAAAUUAAACACAAAGCCACAGUUAAGGUUGUGACAACUGAACCAGUUGUUCUUAAUUUGCAUCCACUGUCACACAAUGAAAGCUACGAUGGAAGUGUUACCUCAGAGCAAUCCUUUAGUCCACCCUCCACAAGUUCUAUGGCCCAGGACUCCCUUGACUCAUCUGAUUCAUCAAGCACAAUCAUCUUAUCACCAAACCGCAACUCACAAAGGAAGCCAUGGCCGAUGGAAUUCAUCCUGCCAGAAUUCUCUGUUGAAACGGAAAUAAUUCUUGACAGAGCCAAUGAAGUUUACAAAAAAGAUGGCACACUGCUGAGAAUCCCAAACAUCAGGUCCGACAUACUUGACAAGCUAGCUCAGACCAUUUAUACAUACACUGCCUAUCCAUCAUCCCUGCAAGUUCUCUCUGUUGCUGAAGCACUUAUCAAAACACACCCAUGCCUAAAGGAUCCUGGGAGCUCUUCAGGUCUUAGUGCAUGGCAAACUAGCAUUAAAUACAAAAUGAGUAACUACAGAACAAAGCUAAGAGGCUUUGGUAUUCCAGAUGUUACAUGCAAUGCUCUGAAACAUAAAUGCCCUGAUGACAGGAAGUCUGCAAAAAAUGUCAAAAAAGCCAGAAGAGCGGAGGUCAAUUACCUCCCACCAUACCCAGCUGGUGAAGAUGAGCACAGCUUGGAAAAAACAAGAGAAGAACUAGUCUCUGAGUUAAAGAAGAAGAACAACCAGAAGAUUGUCAAUGACAAAAUGAGCAAAACAUUUGCCCUCAGACGCCAUGAAGUCAUCAAUCAAUGUCCAAGUGUUAGAGCCAUGAAGGACCGUUGGCCUGCCCUGUUUGAUUGUUCUCAAAUCAGUGCAGAAUUCCAGCGAAUAACCACCGUACCUUUGGAGCCCAGAUUUAUGUCUUCGCUGGACCUUCACACUCCCAAGCUACUGAAGCUAUUUCAUGCCAAAGGUGGAGCACUUGGACAAAGACUGAAGAACAUUAUGGAACCCCUGGAGGUCUCCAUGUGCUCUUCUGUUGAGAGGACCAGAGAAGUUGUCCUCCGAUGCCUGGUAGAAUACCUUGGAGAACAUGGGGAUGAUCUCAUCAAAGAAUUCAAUGGCACCGAGGACUCGGAGGAACUUGAACAGCUUGUGGUGGCGAUCACUGUGACAACAAAAGCUGAACACUCCCCAAGUGACAACUCAAAGGAAGUUGGAGUUGUCAUCGAGGGUAUGGAAGUUGUCACAGGACUUGGAGAUAUUGCCAGAGCUUGCUGUCUCCUUCUUGGCUUGACCUACGCACUGAAUCUGGAUUAUCCCAGGCAGCUCAAGAAUACCUUUGAGGUUUUCCAAAAACUUUUUAUGGAACUGGAUGCAUCAAAGCUGUCAAAGAAAGUCCAGUCCUUCAAGAGCAAACUUCUGGCUUGAAAUGAGACAGUGGUCAAGUGUGGUCACACUGUUGUGCCUCACAAUGUUCAGCUCCUGCAGAGCUAAAGAAUGGUUGUAGUUUUAAGGUAAAUAAUGUUCUGGACUCCAGGUCACAAAUGCUGUUGAAAGAGGAUACCACUUGCACUUCCAUGUUUUAUGUUUUAAUGGCACUUGCACUUAAAGGAUGUUUCUUAACAUCAGGCACAAUGAUUACAAAUCACACAACGCCCUUCAAAGCUCCUGCUUGAGUCUUAUUUUGUUAUAAGCAUCUGUUUGCUUUUUACGUCUUUUUGGAACGUGAUGCUUUUGUGAAAAACAAUGUUUCGCUCCUGCAGAGCUCAAGAUUUGCAUGUUAAAAUGUUAAAACAAGUUUGUUAGCACAGAUUGCAAAAAAUGUCAGUAAAAUUGCUACUGUGGUCAGUUCAAGGUAAAAAUGCAUACAAAGUACAAAUUGUGGCAUCUGAACUUUUCAAGAAUUUUUCUUUCCACUUAUGAUCAUAGUUGAUAUCUGUCAGUGUCUUACUGGGAUGAGAAAGCAUGCACACUAACAUGGGAGAUGUUCGGUUUUGCGAAGGUAUUUUUGUUGUCUUCUAGCCAUGAUUGAAUGUGCAAUCGUGUUGUGGUCAGUUCAGUGUAAAAACUAUCUUGUACUUAGUGCGAAUUCCGUUUCAUGUUGUAGCACAUGCACUUUAGGAGGUUUGUUAUUAAGACGAGAAACAAUUAUUUUGGUUUAUACCAGGACCACAAAGGGUUCUCUGAGAAACUUAUUUGUCAACAUUUUUUUGUGUAUUUAUAGGACAAUGUAAGCCCUAAUGUUUCCAAAGGUGUUUUUGAAGAUCCUUCUGUUUUCACAAAGGGUCCAGGCGCAGCAUGUUUUUAGAUUUCAAAGGUUGCAAUAAAAUGCUGUUUCUGUAAUUAAGCCAUACAAAUUAAACAUGUUACUUAUUGCAAACAUAAA